ACAAACACACACACACAUACUCACACACAUACACAAACACAAACGUAUGAAAUCAUUCAAACACAGACUGGUGAUUCCUAUUACUUUCUUUGAUUCUCCCAACUUGUCAUAAUAUUUUUAUUGUAAAGAAAACUUUUGGCACGCAAAUGCCUGCAGUUUAACAAAGCUGUAAUUCGAAAUUAUGAAAGACAAGUAGCGGUCUAAAUGAUUCUCUUGAAAAAACAAACCAACAAAAUGUUUUAACGAUUGAAGACGCAUAAUAGCCGCCUGGGAGUUUGAAGAGAAAUGUAAUUAUUUUGACUGCUUAAUCCCUUUGACAAACAUUAGGCGGUCACCUGUGUCCGCUAUGGAGUGCCUCGGUUACUUCUUUGUCAUUGAUGGGGAAAAUAAGAGAUGGUGACCUAAUCAACCUGACUAACCGACGGUCCCAUCUUAACGAUGAUUGGUUGAUCACUAUGUCUUGACUCCACCCCACGAAAAAGGCGCGAAAGAAGCGUGGGUAUAAAAGCAUUACCACACGUAGUUGCUUAUAGUCCCACUGUUUUCUGUUUGACCACAGCCACGUUCACAGAUAUUGGAUUUACGAUUUUUGGGAGAAGUUUGAUGUGUUUGUGACUUGUUGAGUAUUUCCGCAGUGAAAGAGUUGUGUAUUUCACUCGUUUGAUUUGUGGUGGAAGUUUUGAUAAGACUUUUUUUUAUAGACGCUGUGACUCAGUGACACGUUUUGGGAACACUUAUACUGUGCUUUAUUCACGUUAUACAAGAACCUUCAACUUGGAGUAUAUCUUCUACGUCGCCUACAGCUUCAGUAUGAGUGCUACUUUCAGACUUGGCCGUCCACUGUUUGAGACCCACUCUGUAAAUGUGUCCGAGGCGCUCGGCUUUAAAGAAGAUCGCCUUCUAGCGGGAGGUGCAACUGCCCAAGUCUUCCUCGCUACAGACGUCAACAACCCGGAGAAGAAGAAAGCUCUGAAGAAAUUUAUUUUUCUGGAGAAUGGAGACCCUGUGGAUAAACCCAGGAAAUGGUUCUAUUUCGUCAACGAGGUGGCAAUGCUUCAAGAUCUCCGUCAUCCCAACAUCAUAGAAAUGGAGAGAGCGGCUAGUUGCCCAGAGUCACUGGUCAUGGUGUUGGAAUUUCAUCCUGUGGAUCUGUUCGACGCCUUACCUCGUAUCUCGGAUGACGAAGCCACUCGCUACUUUACCCAGGUCACCGAGGCCUUGAGCUAUCUACACAGUCGACGUGUCGUUCAUGGUGAUGUAAAACUGGAAAAUGUGUUGGUGAGUAAAGAUGGAGUGGCAAAACUUUGUGACUUUGGACACGCUCAGGUAGUCCCUGAAAACACGGACAGUUUGAAGGAAUGGGGUAGUUGUGCAGCCUACCACGGACCGGAAUUCACAAGGGGCCAUCCCGUGAAAGACGCUUUCAAGCUUGAGAGUUUCUGUGUCGGCGUUCUGCUGUGGGCACUUGUGUUUCGUAAAAAGCCCCAGAAAAACACGGACUUCUUAAAGCUAUUUGACAAUGAUAAAUCUAUCUCGCCUUCUUACAGGCAAUGUGUACACCGUCUACUGUGUGCAGAUCCGACAGAGCGUGCUUCAGUCUCCCAGAUCCAACAAAUCCUCAGCACCAACGGUCACACAGAACUUCGUGUCCGACAAAACACCACCGCUCAAUCUCUCAUCACUGCACCAAUCACAUACAACAGCACCGGCGAGGAAGUAGCGAGUCCGUACUUCGGAAGCUCACCCAUCGAACAGACACCAUCUUCACAAUUCUGCCAUCCCUUCAACGAGUUCAGUUAUCAACAUUCAAGAUAUGAUCAACAUUUCGUGUACCCCUCGCACUCUGGAAACCUUCAGUAUUUCCCGCGUGAGACACCGACACAGUACUACUACAUGAACCAGAGCAAUGGACUGGCAACCUUUCACCCGGCAGGUACACAUUUCGAUUCCUCGGCCUAUCAGAGAGAAACAACAGCCCAGUUCCCCCAAUAUGUGGAUGUCUCUUCUUCACAAUAUCACCAGUCUCCGUUGGAUCUACAGAGAGCCCAAUGGCCUGUGUUCACAGACACAAAUCAGCGCACAGUUCAGCAACCUGCUCCCCCGUCACUGGGACACUCUCAGUUUCGCACACACCAUCAAAACUGUUACCAGCCUGACCCUACAGCUUGUUUCCAGUACGUGGUACCUUCGUCAGUUCCUGAGUACUUUCAACCUGCUACAUUUCAACGGUAUCAGGAGUAAUCUGUGUAACAAUAGAGACAAUUCUUCUCAAACAAGUUGUGUCAGAAAUCUACAUAAUUGUGUAUCAUUUCACUAUAGUAUUAUCAUGCAUUAAUGAUCUUGAGCACUUUGUAUUUAUUCUAAAUGAAUGAUCAUUAUGCCUUGAGUUAGAAAUCCAUGAUGUGUAUUCAAAACUGAUAUCUUAGAAUCAAAUACUGUUUUGAAUACAGUCAUAACUAGUAAUAAUUGUAUAAGACCCUAGUCCACCCCC